AUGGCUUUUCCCAAGCGUAAAGCCUCCAUUAUAAGCCUUCCACUAUUUGCUGAAUAUCCCCCUCAACCUCCCAAGCGAAGCUUGCGACAGACACUUUUUCUUUCAUUCUUCGGUCUCUUAUUCACCAUCUCUCUUUUAAUUAAUGCUUUCCAUUUCAUGUCCUGCCAACUCGAUGGCGUGGAAAAAGAGUCGAUUCGACAGGCUAUAGUAACACCAUCGGAUAAUAUUGAGGCUGGUUUGUUAGAGAAACAUUUUCUACCCUCACCACCGCACCAACAACUUCAAGAUCUAGUACUCGUGGCUGGCCACGCGAUUUUUGUUGGCUCGGAUUUGGAACACGUUGAGGAAGAUAAUGAUUGGGUGCUGGAAGAUUAUCAGAAGGGAGGAGAACAAGUGAAAACAUUUUUAAAGCAUAUUAGGAAAGGUGUCGAAUUAACAAUAGAUAAUGGAGAAGCAUUGUUGAUAUUUAGUGGAGGACAGACGAGACCUUCCGCAGGACCAAGAAGUGAAUCACAAAGUUAUUGGGUUCUUGCCGAGUCACUUCAUAUGUUCCCCAGUUUCGAGAAUUCUACCGUAUUUAAUCGAGCCACCACAGAAGAAUACGCGCGUGACUCUUACGAAAAUCUAUUAUUCUCAAUUUGCCGUUUUUACGAAUUAACAGGUCAUUAUCCACGAAAUGUGACAGUCGUAGGGUUCGGAUUUAAACGGCGGCGAUUUCUAGAGUUGCAUCGUGCAGCUGUAAAGUUUCCUAAAGAAAGAUUUAAUUAUGUAGGCAUUGAUCCAGGUGAUAGUGCAUUGGGAAGAAUGGGAGGCGAGAAUAUUAACGGCUUGGGUCUAUUUCGUGAUGAUUUAUACGGAUGUCACGGAAAACUUCGUGAUAAAAAGAUUAACCGAAAUCCUUCACGUAGAAGUCACCCGUAUCAUUUGAGUUGCCCAUCACUUUCCUCUUUAUUUAAUUAUUGUCCAGAUAAUCAAACAUUAAUAUUUCCGGGUACAUUACCUUGGGAAUAA